AGAAUCUUCCAACAUAAAUAUUGUUUCUUCUUUUUUCUGUUCAUAAACAUAAUCACAUCUUAUUCAGACCUUUCGUCACUCUUCUUUCCAAGAAUGGCAAUGCUUGAGCAAAAACAAGAUCAAGAAUGGGUUGAGAGAGUGAAAACCGGAGGCAGUGUUCCACACAAUUCCCCGAACGGCUGGGCUUCUCCCCCUGGAGACGCAUUCAAGGUACGAGGAGCAAACUAUCCAGCGACGAGGGAGAAGAUCCCCGGAGGCGACUAUCUCCUACACCCUCUCGGCCUCGACUGGAUCAAAUCUCCAUCCAAGAUCUCCGAUGUUUUAAACAACCCUAACGGCCGUGUUAGGCAAGCUCUCGAUGAUGAAAACGCCAAGGGCCGAUCACAUUUCGUCUGGGCUUUCAAUUUCCAGCUCCCAACCAAAGACAACCAUAGCAUAGUCGCGUAUUUCGUGGGGACGGAAGCCAGCCAUCAAGAUCCUCUGAUCCGCCACUUCCUAAAGGGAGACGAUGGGUUUAGAAACUCGAGGCUGAAGUUGAUAGCCAAUGUAGUGGAAGGGCCGUGGAUGGUGAAGAAAGCAGUCGGGGAGCAGGCAAUCUGCAUAAUUGGGCGGGCGCUUAGCUGUAGAUACUCAGUGGGUGAGAGCCUUGUGCAAGUUGACAUCGACGUUGGAUCUUCUAUGGUUGCGAGUGCGAUCGUACACCUCGCGUUCGGAUACUUGUCUACACUCACAGUAGACCUAGCUUUCGUUAUUGAGGGCCAGACCGAGUUGGAGCUACCAGAGCGGAUCUUGGGAGCUGUUCGAUUCUCUGGGCUCGAUGUUGCUCGGGCGCUGCAGAUUGACUCCAGAUGUUAUGGGAAUUCGCAGUCGCCGUUACCUACAAGACUUUGGAAAUCAUUGGGGCAAGGGUUUACCAACCUAGUUCAUGCCAAUGUGCCAACACAUCCACAUACUACUACUACCAAAGAUGAAGAAAACACAUAGUUAGAAUUAACAUCCCAAUCUUAUUCUUCUCUCUUUUAUUUUUCAAAAUCUUAGUUAUAAAUCCUGUGCGUUGCGAGGGAAAGACUACAAUGAAUAGAUUGAUAAAAAAAAUGUAUAUCAAUAUUUUCAUCUA